AUAGAGGGAUUUAAGAACGUAAACAUCCCGGACUAGAAAGACGUGAUUUUAUUAAUGAAAACAUGACUUCUCUAGUAAUAAUCAAAGAAGGCUUUUCUGAAUUUGAUCAAAAGUGUAAUAUCAUGCGUGCCAACUGUUCUUGCACUAUUGUUAGGUCUUCUGACGUUUGUAUCAUCGUGGAUCCAUUAACAGCAUGGGAUAAAGAUUAUAUACUCCAACAAUUGAAGGAACAGAACUUAAAUCCAGAUGAUAUAACUCAUGUUGUUUGUACACAUGGCCAUUCUGACCAUAUUGGAAAUUUAAAUCUAUUUCUAAAAGCCAUUCAUAUUGUCGGGCAAAGCAUAUCAUGUGGCACAGAUUAUUUCAUCCAUUCCUUUGACAAGACACCAUAUAAAAUUAACAGCAGCAUUCAGGUGAUUGCAACUCCUGGUCACACUCAUUCUGAUGUCAGUGUUGUUGUUUUAACAGAAACAUAUGGUACAGUGGUAAUAGCAGGUGAUUUGUUUGAAAGAAAGGAAGAUAUUCAAGAGCCAUCUUUAUGGAGAGAGAUAGCAGGAAGUGAAAAUCCCAAGCUCCAACUAAUAAAUAGACAGCGUAUUUUAGAUAUGGCAGAUUAUAUUAUUCCCGGCCACGGGCCAAUGUUUAAAGUCACUGCUGACUUGAAACAUGCUCAUUCCUCUUUGCUUCUUAAAGAAUCUUAAUAAAAUGAAAUUUCUUAAGUAUUAAUUAAUUGAUAUAUUUUAAAGAAAUUACACACACAGAUGCAAACAUUGAAAAUUCUUUUAAUACAACAGCAACUGUUAUUUGGUACAGUGAACAGUGA